GCAUGCGGAGCGUGGGCGGCCUGCGGGGCCCUCUUGGAGCAUGUGCAGAGCGCCUCGGCUCUGAGCAGCAGGAGGGGGUCCCUUGCCGGCGUGCUGCGUUUUCUUCAGCGCCGCUGAAAAAGAGUUCCUCUGAGUUAUCCAGUUGCCGUACCAUGUUUUAAACGGCCGACGUUUUGCCGAAAGGAGCCAUGGUGUCGAAACGGGCCUUCAUCUGCAGCCUGGGCUCCAUCUACUUGUCCCUUCUCUUCGUGUUCCUGCUGAUGGACGUCUAUGCUCGGCCGGCCAACAACUCUGCCCUAAAAGAGAAGGCGGCCGACAACAAAGAUGAGAAUGAAAUUCUGCCUCCAGACCACUUGAAUGGAGUCAAGAUGGAGAUGGACGGGCACCUGAACAAGGAGUUCCACCAGGAGGUCUUUCUUGGGAAGGAGAUGGAGGAGUUUGAUGAGGACUCAGAGCCGCAGAAAAACAGGAGGAAGCUCAUGGUGAUAUUCUCAAAGGUCGACAUCAACAGGGACAAAAAGAUCAGUGCGAAGGAGAUGCAGCGCUGGAUCAUGGAGAAGACGGAGGAGCACUUCCAGGAGGCGGUGGAGGAGAACAAGAUGCACUUCCGGGCCGUGGACCCCGAUGGGGACGGUCACGUGUCCUGGGAUGAGUAUAAGAUCAAGUUCUUGGCAAGUAAAGGGCUGAAUGAAAAGGAAGUUGCCGAAAAAAUCAAGAAUAACGAGGAGUUAAAGAUUGAUGAGGAAACGCAGGAAGUCCUGGAUAACUUGAAAGACCGCUGGUAUCAGGCCGACAAUCCGCCUGCCGACCUCUUGCUGAACGAGGAAGAAUUCCUAUCGUUCCUUCAUCCCGAGCACAGCAGAGGAAUGCUGAAGUUUAUGGUGAAGGAAAUCGUCCGAGAUCUGGAUCAGGAUGGCGAUAAGAAGUUGACUCUUUCUGAGUUCAUCUCGCUGCCCGUGGGCACCGUUGAGAACCAGCAGGCCCAGGAUAUCGACGAUGACUGGGUGAAAGAUCGAAAGAAGGAGUUUGAAGAAGUAAUUGAUGGGGAUCACGACGGCAUCGUCACCAUGGAGGAGUUGGAGGAAUACAUGGACCCCAUGAACGAAUACAACGCCUUGAACGAAGCGAAGCAGAUGAUUGCUGUGGCCGACGAGAAUCAGGACCACCACCUGCAGCCCGAGGAGAUCUUGAAAUACAGCGAGUAUUUCACGGGCAGCAAGCUCAUGGACUACGCCCGGAACGUCCACGAGGAAUUUUGAGUCCUCGGACCGAGGCGCUCGACACACCUCCUUGCUUUCUACAAAUGAGAAAUGAAAGUAACCCUUUGCUGCUAUUUCUGUGUUCUGCGUGUAUACCAUGUGAUGUUCUAGACAGUGUUUCCUCCAGAGAAAGCCGUCCACAUAUAUUGAAGAAGAGGCUGCCCGUCUCUCCCCUUGAGAGGAGAAGGCGCCCUCAAGUCUUCAGGGUAGGAUCUGGAAAGGUUCCUGCUUUUGUUAUAAUCUGGCCAUUUCUCCUCCUCGGAGUUCAGUUGCUCCCUUUGAAGCUCUGCUCUUCUCUCUCUCUCUCUAUCUCGCGCGCGCGCUUGACUUCUGGAAGUCCUGUCGAACAUGCGAGGACCACUUUCCUGCCACUUGUGUCCUCAAAAUCACAGUGAUCUGUUCGAAUUAUGGGUGUGAGGGAGCAGCGUGGCAGGAGACCUGGCGGUCCCGCGAGGAAGGCUGUGUCCCCAUGGGAUGGUGGGGAAGGUCCCACGAGAGGAACGCUAGACAGAUGGUCUGAAAGGGGGUUGACUGGGUUGCUUUGUUCCGAGACUUCUGCAUCGUGCUCCCUCCCUUGCGUUCCCAUCCAGGCCACCUGAUUUUCCUCCACGCCUCUUUCUCCCGUGUGUGUUUCAAAAGCAGAGCAGCCUGCAGAAAACUGGCUGGCCCCGUCGGUGGUGUUCUAGCGCGAGGACUGCCAGCUGCUUUGACCCGUGUGACUCGCGCUCCCCGUUCGAAAACGAGUCCCUCAUCAACACGUUCCUGCGUCUUUGACAAAAUUAAUUCACGCGUCUUUUUUCACGGCACCCGAUGGGGCGCCGCAAGCACUACAAGGCCCAUGAUGCUUCUCCCACAAGCACACAAGUCGCGUCAGUAUUCGUGGAUGUCCCCGGUGCGGCGGCCGUGAACGUCCACUUCGAACUUGAUCGGCUGGAGCGGCUCGAUGCACUCCAGCAGUGUAUUCUGGCUUGUGCCACAGUCUUGGCUUCUUGUGUGCUCCCCCCAGAAGCCUUUUCACAGCGCGGAGAGCAAAGGACCCACCGCCAUCCUUCCGUGGAGAAAUCUCGUGUGCUACCUCGGGUUGGCGUCUCUGAUUUCAGCUGGAAGGGCGGUCUGGAUCGGCAGAAUUAUUGAGCGCAGUCAGGUAGACCACCUGAGCUUUUCCUGGCCUGCAGCAUUUCAGCCUGCCUGUAUUAAUGUGCCUGGAAAGGGGAGCUGGCGUCUUCCAGUCGCCCCCACCCACCACCCUGUGUGAGCCAAAUACUGUUGCAGGAGCUCACAACUUGACUGUUCCACGGAUGUAAGAGUGGGUUCUCCCUCCGACCUGACCUUUAUUUCUGCCACGGCCCGUUUCCCCCCAUCUCAGGACGCUCGCCCUAGGACACGCUCGGUGGGGAUAAAAACGUUCUGCGUGAGGCCUAACAGUGUUUCCAGGCCCUGAAAGAAAGAAUGGCUGGGAUUUCAAAGCGUGGCCAUCGUAAGGCAGAGUUGCCGGCCGUUUUUCAGCCGAGGGCCUCAUUCCCAGGAGCUGCAUCCCAGCGGUGAUGUUGCUCCGUUGCAAGGUGGAGGCGUUUUGGUCGAGCUUGACGGAAAGGUUGCUCAGGAGAGAAUGGGGAGUGCGCUUCUCCGUCUCUCCGACAGGCUCAUUGCGAGACUUUUUCGAAGGCAGAUAGUUUCUCCUGACUCGAAGUGGUACAGCCCUGCGGAAGUUGGAUUGUGCCCUGCUGAUUUGUGUGAAAAAGGAUGUACCUUGGAAGACAUUGGGCCAAAUCUCCUUGCCUCUCUCUGCCAGCAGAAUGAUGCAUAUAAGUUUCUGCGCCUCCAGCUUGCCUUCUCAAUAUUUUAACAUUCAGCCUCACAAGGAGUAGACUGUAACACCUUUUAUCGCUUUGGCUACUUUUUGCACUCGGACUGUGCUCAGACAGCGCUCUGUAGCCUUAAAGAUGCCCCCCUCACUCAUGUUAUUGCUGGCUGGGGCCACUGAUACUUUAAUUUCAUUUAAAUGGAUUUAUUCUGCUCUUGCCCUCCCGACAAAAGCAAUGGCCUGUUCUUCUGAAAUUGCAGCUUAAGGUGUCUGAUUGAAUUUUAUCCCCUUAAUAUAAUGUAAAUACAUA